GAGGCCGUGGAGAAACUAUUUACCUUCCGAGAUCGGUACUUCAUUGAGCAUGAUAUUACGAGAGCGGUCCACAAGGAUGAAGACAUUGCAAAGCAGCUAGAAAUCACAAAGGAUUACAUGAAAAAUGUGAAAUACAAGUGUGAAGUCUUGCCAAGAGCAGAGAUGCUCUAUUUGGAAGGAAAAGCCCUAAACGUGACUUCCUCCCACAAUCCUGAGGCACAAGAUGCACUGGCAAAAGCAGUCAAACUAAAUCCACGUCUUGUCGAAGCAUGGAAUCAGCUAGGGGAGUGCUAUUGGAAGCAGGGAGACAUGCAAGGUGCCCAUAACUGCUUCACAGGAGCACUGAGCCAGCAAAAGAAUAAGGUUUCGCUCCGAAACCUGUCCAUGGUAUUGCGGCAGCAGAGGAAAACACCUGAUGAGAAACUUCGUAAUAUUCAGGAGAGUGUGAGCAAGGCCAGAGAUGCAGUUCAGAUGGAUAUUGCCGAUGGAACAUCUUGGAGUGUGUUAGGAAAUGCGUACUUGUCAUUGUUUUUCUCAACAAAUCAGGAUUCAAGGAUUCUCAAGCAGUGCAUGCAAGCAUACAGUCAAGCAGAGAAAGAUCCAGUGGCAAACUGCAACCCAGAUCUCCAUCAUAACAGAGCAGUGAUGCUGCAGUAUGAGGAGGAUUACGAGGCAUCCAUACGCGGCUACCAGCGGGCCCACGACCUCGAUCCCCUUUGGCCAGAACCACAAACAAAGCUACAGAGUUUGCUCGACUACCUGAGCAAGGUCACAGAGCUAGUGGAGCAGAAGGGAAGAUUGAAAGGGAAGAAACUACAGCAGUUGCUUCGGUCGAUGAAUGCUCAGAAGGAUCUGGGACCAUACAGUGGCAGCACAUACACCUCUGGCACGGGUGCCUCUGUCAAGCUGUCCCACGUCCCCCUCAAGCAGCUGAAUAAGGGGUUAAACUCAGGGAAGGUCAUUCUGGGCAGAGUUGUUUGCAGCGUGUCAUCGGGGAAUAACGUACCAUUCACCUUUUGCAUGGUGGACAGCGAUGCAACAUGCUUCUCUGUGACCUUGUAUAACCUUGCAGCCGGUCAGGGAGUCAUCAUCGGUGACUCCGUGGCAAUUCCCGAGCCGAUUCUCAGCAACGUGGACGUCGAGUUUAACAGCAAGAAGUAUCAUUUCUGGAACGUUAGAGUGGAAAGUCCAGUCGUGCUCGCCGUGAAUGGAAAGAUGCUGAGCAAAGAUAAGCUUGCUGCUCCUGUGUUUUCUGUCAGCAUACUAAAGGAGUAACUCGUGGCAGACGUGGAAACAAUUCAACUCAAAUUGAAAUUAACGAUAGCUUGAAUAUAGUUAAAUGUCUUUCUUAAAUAUAUUAGUCUUUGGGGGGGGGCAAUGUGGGUACAAUAUUCACACACAAAUAUGGUAGGGCCAGUAUAGUGUAUGACAUACGUUGUAUAUAUUGUACAUACAUUCACGUGCAUUGUAUUGUACAUACAUUUCUAAGAGUCGUGUGUACUUGUGUAUUUAUAGUUGUUUGCAUGUAGUUUGUAGUCAAUGUCACGUGCAGUCGACGCCAGUGUUAAUGUCACAGUUAAAUUGACAGUUAAAUUCACAGUUUAAUUAAUGUCACACGUUAAAUUGACUACGUCACGAAUUUUUUAUGGUAAAAUUUGUAAAAAAAAUUGUUGCCAUUUUUUU